UAUUUUACCUGAGAACAAGAUUAAGGACGCUGCUGGCGGCGUCUUCUUUAAUCUACACAAAAGAAAGCACAAUGGUCGAGCAAACGAGACGCUCAAAUCACGUGGUGACGCUCCAGGCUGGACCUGGGCAGGCGGACACCAGCGCCCCGUUUGACAUGAACUUCAGGAUCAGGGAUGCGGCUGCGAGGGUCAUUGGCCGUCACCUGGCUGUGAUCGGAGACCAGUUGGACCGGGAGUGGGCCGGGAGAGAUCCAAACCAGCCACCGACUCCUCUCCACCUGCUGAGACCUGCCCAGUCUCUAACGCAAACCAUCUAUUGGGAUGUGCACAGUCAGCUUUGGGGCUUUCAGGGUCUGUUCGCUGCGCUGAAGACCUGGGUUAUGAGCACUGUGCCUGGGCAGGGGAACUUCCGAGCCAAGGCCCUGACAGCCUGGGAGUCCAGCUUCAAACCAGUGUCCUGCCCUGGCUGGACUGGAGGAGCUCUUGUGAUCGUGACGUUGGCUGCAGCCGGCAUUUUCGGUGCGCUGUGGAUGGAAGAGAGAGCCUAACGAGGCCGCGAGCAAUCCUUUAUACGUUUGAAAAUAAUUAUCGCUGAUUUGGUUUCUGCUCUUUAGUCAUUAUUUCUCUUGUUUCAUAUAAACGGUUUUAACGAGCUGACGGUGACUGUGGACAACUUCCCGGGCAACACGAAAGGAAGCGGACAUCAGGAAACUGAAGGGCAGUAGCUGGGAGUUGGUUAAAUCAGAUUUACAAUGUUGCCUGUAAGGUUUGCCAACGUUUUGUAGCAACGGUUGAUUCACAGUUGUAUUACGUUCAACAUAACCUGGACUGGACUGUUGCUGGCCUGCAGUCUUUAGUAGUUUCUUACUGGUUUAAGAGGCCGAGAUUUUUUUACGAAUGACAUGUAGCUUUGCUUAUGACAAAGGACGGGAGCUGGACUUUC